GUGCCAAGGACCAAGUACGUUAGGGAAGAUACCGUCUUAUCUCAGAUCACCCUACUCUAUCCAAGAGGAAUUUGAUAAGAUAAGAUUCAUCUCCUGUACAAUCAUGACAAUAGUAUCCUACCAGUUAACAAGAUAACAGUGAAGAUGAGGUCUGUCUCCAGUACCUAAAGACAGCCUUAGUGUGACAAUUUAAACCUCUUUCUGACAUCAUCCAAGUUCUGAAGCUAACACAGAGAGAAAAAUGGCCGAUGAGGAGACAGACGGAGCUCACAUCUUAGUGAACGCUCUUGUCGAUCAAGGAGUAGAGUACAUGUUUGGGAUUGUUGGAAUUCCUGUUGUCGAGGUGGCAGUGGCAGCACAGCAAGCGGGAAUCAAGUAUAUUGGAAUGCGCAACGAACAAGCAGCAUGUUACGCAGCACAAGCUAUUGGAUACCUAACUGGCCGUCCAGGAGUGUGUCUUGUGGUCUCAGGCCCUGGCCUUCUGCAUGCCAUAGGGGGGAUGGCCAAUGCCCAGAGUAAUGCCUGGCCGGUGCUGGUUGUUGGUGGUUCUAGCGACCAGGACCAAGAAGGCUGCGGUGCCUUCCAGGAGUGUCCACAGGUGGAAGCAUGCCGUCUGUACUGUAAAUACUCCGCCCGCCCCCCGAGGCUCGACGCAAUCCCUUACCAUGUAGCAAAGGCCAUCAAAUCCACUACUUAUGGACGUCCAGGAGCUGCGUAUUUGGACUUCCCCGGAAAUCUGUUGAAUGAGAAGACAAGUGAGAGCUCAAUCCAGCCAUUUCCAAGGAACCCUGCACCACCAGUGUCACUGGCAUGCCCAGAGAAAGUUUCAGAGGCAGUGGCACUCUUGGCAGGUGCCAAGAGGCCACUGAUUGUUGUGGGAAAGGGAGCGGCCUAUGCACGUGCCGAGGACCAAGUCAGAGCUCUGAUUGAGAAGACAGGACUGCCUUUCCUGCCCACACCUAUGGGUAAAGGGGUCGUGGCUGAUGACCAUCCCCAGUGUGUUGCAGCUGCAAGGUCUCGCGCUCUCUUGGAAGCCGAUGUCAUCUUGCUUCUUGGUGCAAGACUCAACUGGAUGCUGCAUUUUGGACGCUCUCCCAGAUUCGCUCCUGGGGUGAAGUUCAUUCAUGUAGACUUAUGCCCAGAGGAAUUCCACAACAGCGUAACUGCAAGCGUCGCUCUCCUCGGGGAUUUGAAGCCAGUAUGUGUUCAGUUGCUGAAGGAGGUUUCAGGCCGGCUUAUCCCCCACGACUCUCCAUGGUGGGCUAGGGUGGAGGAAAAAGCACAGGCAAAUAUGCAGAUUAAUAGAGCCAUGGCUGAAGACAUAUCAGUCCCUCUGAACUACUAUGCAGUGUUUAGCCACCUCCAACAACUACUGCCUUCAGACUGCAUCAUCGUCAGCGAGGGAGCCAACACCAUGGACAUUGGUCGUACUUUUCUGCUAAACAGGCUUCCACGCCAUAGACUCGACGCAGGCACUUUUGGGACCAUGGGGGUGGGUCUGGGCUUUGCCAUCGCCGCAGCCCUCUAUGCCAGAGACCACGCCCCAGGUCAGAGGGUUGUCUGUGUCGAGGGAGACUCAGCUUUUGGAUUCAGCGGCAUGGAGUUGGAGACCAUUUAUAGAUACAACCUCCCUAUCGUUGUCAUUAUUGUCAAUAAUAAUGGGAUCUAUGGAGGCCUAGACAAGGAACUCUUCCAGGACAUCCGCGAUGGAAUGGAUGUCACCAUCGCAACGCCACCUACCUCACUGCUGCCAAGUGCACGUUAUGAACGCAUGGCCUCAAUCUUUAAUGAAUCAGGACACCUCUGCACCACUAUCCCAGAGCUGGAGUCUGCUGUCAAGCUGUCUCUUGCUGAGACCCAAAAACCAUCACUGAUUAAUGUGCUGAUCAACCCCAUGGCACAGCGAAAGGCUCAGGAUUUCGACUGGCUUACUCGGUCAAAGAUAUGAGCAAAAAGGCAUUUUUCAAACUUUUUUAAUAGUGCAACUUCAUCAGAAUUAGGAACAAUAAUGUGAUGUGAAUCACAUAUUUUACAUUCUAGAGUUAUUCAUUCUCAUUCAUACUUAUCCUCAAAAAAAGGGAAAGAAUGAAUAACUGAAAUUACAGUAUUAGGCUACAUGUAAUAUCAAAAUGGUAAUCAUCAUCAGAGUUACAUGGAAAAUAUAAGUUACAUACCUUGCAUUAUAGCAUUAUUAAUUUUCAUACAUAGUCAUCAAUGAUUAUUUUUCCUUUCUUCUUCUAAGGACAAAGAGAUUCUAUUGAUAAUGUAAAAUGUGCUUCAGAACCAGUGUAUUAGCUGUAGUAUAAGAAGUUUCUAUAUAUGAUUGUAUAGUUUUGUGAAUUAUUAUUUUCAGAUUUUAUUGUUGAUAUUAAAAAUAAACUGAA